AAAAUUAGUUGUCGCCAAAAAAGAAGGGAAAUAAAGUGCUGGGGCUUCAGUCGCAGUCCACUGAAACCCUAAAGUACUUGCGUUCCUCGCCAGUUUAGGGUUUUGCAGAUACAAGGAGGAAGAAGCGAAGAUGAGUCUGGUGGCAGGUUCAUACGAACGGUUCAUAUGGGGAUUCAAACUCAAAACCCUAAAGCACUCUCAGGAAACCCUAACCCUAACCCCGCUUUUCUCCUUUCCCUCCCACCUCCACCCCAUCAGGUCCGUCGCCGUCGCGGGCUCCGUUGCAGCCUCCGGUAGCGAAGACGACACUAUCAAGAUCUACGACCUGUCGACCUCCGCCGAGAUCGGCUCCCUCAUCGAUCACUCCGCCACCGUCACGUCGCUUUCAUUCUUCACCCCGCCCUCCAUCUCGUUCCCCCGCAACCUCAUCUCCGCCUCCUACGACGGUGCCGUGUGCGUCUACGACGCUGACCCCUUCGUCCAUCUUAAGACGAUUCGCGCUCACAAGAAGUGCGUCAACGACAUCGCCGUCCAUCCCUCUGGAAAGUUGGCGUUGACGGUUGGCGGAGAUUCGUGCUUGGCGAUGCUGAAUUUAGUUAGAGGCCGCCGGAGCUUUUACUGUAGGCUGGGGAAGGAGGCUUCCGUAGUGAAGUUUGAUUAUGGUGGAGAUAAGUUCUUUAUGGUCAUGGACAAGAAGGUGUCGGUGCACGAGGCCGAGGACGCGAGGUUGGUUCUGGAAUUGGAUAGUGAAAAGAGGGUUCUCUGUGCAGCUCCAGGCAUGAAUGGACUUCUUUUUACUGGUGGUGAGGACCGGGGGAUUACAGCAUGGGAUGCAACCAGUGGGACAGUUGCCUAUUCUAUCGAAAAUGCACAUGCAGCACGUGUUAAAGGCAUUGUUGUGCUAACAGGAAGUGAAAGUGCUUCUGCAGAUGGUGAUCCCCACUUGGUUACAUCAGCAUCAUCGGAUGGUGUUAUUCGAGUUUGGGAUGUUCGAAUGGCCAACAAGGAGAAACCGAACCCAUUGGCUGAGGCUAACACAAAAUCAAGACUGACAUGUCUUGCUGGGUCAUCUAUAAAAUCUUUUAGAAGAUCAAAGCUCAGUGACAGUGUCCCUCACAAAGAGCAGAAUGCCGCAGAGGAAGAUUGAAUAGACGUGUUAACUGCCGAGCCUGGGAGGAGGCAUCUAUUACUUCAAGGCAAUCCUAGCCGGCUUAUAAAUUUACAGAAACGACGAUAGCAAGAUGCCAGCUCCGGUUGUUCCCUCCAAUUUUGACAUUUAAAAGUAAUAUCCUUUUUAUAAUUUUUAGUUGAUUUUAAUGUAUAUGCAUCCUUUAUUUUGCCAUGCUGCUUAUUGGUUAAUCAAGUUAGCUUUCUUUCUUUC